GUGUUCGCUUCCUGCUUCUGCCACAAGCGACUUGUGUUUGAUGGCCAGCGAACGUCGGACCGAAGAUGGCUACUGGUCCCCCGUCUUCAGUGACCACUACAUCUAACGUUAACGUUACCGUUACUAAUAAUGAUGGGAUACUUAUUGGCGAUAAAGUCUACUCCGAAGUUUGCCUUACUAUCGAUAAUUCUCUCAUACCAGAGGAGAGGCUCUCUCCCACACCCUCAAUGCUGGAUGGCCUGGACUUGCAUACUGAGACAGAUCUGCGGAUUUUGGGCUGUGAAGUCUUACAAUCCGCUGGCAUCCUUUUACGAUUGCCACAGGUGGCCAUGGCAACCGGACAAGUCCUUUUUCAUAGAUUUUUCUACUCCAAGUCAUUCGUCAAACACAGUUUCGAGAUCGUUGCCAUGGCCUGUAUCAAUUUGGCCUCAAAAAUUGAAGAAGCCCCCAGACGCGUAAGAGACGUGAUCAAUGUCUUUCAUCAUCUAAGACAGAUAAGGGGCAAAAGAAGCGCAAGCCCAUUGGUUCUUGAUCAGAACUACAUUAACACCAAAAACCAAGUCAUUAAAGCCGAGCGGCGGAUCCUAAAGGAGCUGGGCUUCUGUGUGCACGUCAAGCAUCCACACAAGAUUAUCGUCAUGUACCUCCAAGUCCUUGAAUGUGAGAAGAACCGAACGCUGGUCCAGACUGCCUGGAACUACAUGAAUGAUUCUUUGCGGACAAAUGUGUUUGUGAGGUUUCAAGCCGAGACCAUCGCCUGUGCCUGUAUUUACCUCGCUGCCAGAGCCCUGCAGAUUGCUCUGCCGUCUAGACCACACUGGUACCUGCUCUUUGGAGCUACAGAAGAGGAGAUUAAAGAGAUUUGUAUCACCACACUGAAGCUGUACACAAGGAAGAAGCCAAACUAUGAUCUGCUGGACAAGGAGGUGGAGAAGAGGAAGGUGGCGCUACAGGAGGCCAAGCUGAAGGCCAAAGGCCUGAACCCUGACGGCACCCCAGCCCUCUCCACCCUGGGCGGCUUCUCUCCAGGCUCUAAGCCAGGAUCCCCCAGGGAGGUGAAGGCCGAGGAGAAGUCCCCGAACGGCCAGACGCUGAAGCCUGUGAAGAAGGAGGCAGAGGAGCGGGCACAGAGCUCCAAGAGCCCACACAACGGUCUCAGGAAAGAAGGCAAGCCGAGCCACAACAGCAGGAGUGGCAGCCACUCACGGUCCAGGACAAGGUCACGUUCCAGAUCACGUUCUCCCAGAAGACAUUAUAACAACAGACGCAGCCGCUCAGGGACCUUCAGCUCGCGCUCACGGAGCCGCUCCCACAGCCGCAGCCCGUCUCCACGGCGACAUCAGAACCACGGCAUCCCGCUGUCGCCCCUGCUGCCGCACCUGAAGGCCAAGCAGCGCGAGAGCGGCGAGUCCAAGUCGGCCGGCCGCCACACGCACAAGAGGAAGCGCUCGCGCAGCCGGUCCAACAGCAAGCCCCGCGAGCGGGAGCGGGAGCGGGAGCGCCUCUCCUCCUCGGACCCCAAGAAGCACAAGCACGAGCGCAGCAGCGGGGGCGGCAGCCACCACCGGGAGCGACGGGAGCGAUCGCGCUCCUACGAGCGCUCGCACAAGAGCAAACACCAUCACAGCGGCAGCAGCAGCAGCCACUCGGGCCACAGCCGCCACAGACGAUGAGCAAGGGGGGGAGGGCGACCCGACACCCUGUCAAACCCCUCCCGUUUCUCUACCCCUCCCCUGACCUCCCUCAGUCUCUUCUUUCUGUCCUCUUUUCCUCUUUUCUGUUCUGUCUAUCUGUCUUUCACAAGCCCUGUUCAGUUUCAUGUAGUGCUGUGGACUGGGAGGAAAAAAAUCAUACAGUUGUAUAGUUGGUCAAAUGCCAAUGUAUUAUGGUGAGAGCUUUGAUUUUUAAAAAGCAGAAUGUUUGUUUUUGUUAGGGAGGGGAAGGGAAGAGAAGUUCACCAUUGAAGAAAUAUUCAGGAAAGACAUCAAGACUUUGCACAGUUCAAAAGAGGAAUACCAGGUCCACUCAACCUUUUUUGUUUGUUUAUUUUUUUUUUUUGGACUGACGUGUGUAUAUUUAUAAUACAUACAUAUAUACAGUUGUACAAAUGCAAAAAUGGUAUUUCUCUAGAAAUAGACUUUUUUUUUCUGAACAUCUGGAUGCAGACUUUUAAUAUAAUUUGAGUUUUUUGUGUUUUGGAUCGUGGUUUAAAAAAAAUACAAAAAAACACUGGUUUUUAGUCUGCAUGUGUUUGUCUGAUUUUUACUUAAUAAAAAUGUGAUCUAAUUCUCA